ACUGUUCUAUGGCGCAUUUUUCAAGUGCCAUACAAAACAAGAAUUAUAAAUAAAACGCAAUCAGUCAAAAAAACAAAGAAGAAUGCAAGGUUUCCUAUAGUUUUACCAAAAAUCUUUAUAAUUCUAUUUAUUAAUGUUUGGAUGAACAAAAUGAACCAAUGCAAAUUUAUCCAUAUUUGCUACGUUAUAUUUAUCUUAUUCAUACCUCUCUGUGAUGGACGGAGAUACAGAAACUUUACUCUGUACAGAGCCAUUCCCAUCGUUGAAACGCAUUUAAACUUUUUUCGUGAAUUGAACAAAUUUUAUGAGGUUGUUUUUUGGCGAGGUCCGGGAAACCUGUACAGCCCGAUAGACUUUAUUAUAAGUCCUAAUGACAAAAUGAUGUUUCUCAUGGAAGUGGACAAGCAGAAGAUAUUUCUAGCAACGAUCAUGCCGGAUGUACAGAAGUAAAUAAAUAAUAUAGAUUUCGACGAGCAAAUCCAGCCGUAUGCUCCAUACAUCCCAAAAGACUUGAAAACUUUCAAUUGGAAGAGCUACGCGCGUCUCGAUGAUAUUUACGCAUGGAUGGAUGAUUUGACACAAGAGUUUCCCCGAGAGGUCACAGUCUUCAACAUUGGUACGACAUACGAAGGACGGCAGAUCAAAGCAGCUAGAGUUGUUUUGGAAGGAGCGCGACGUGGAUCCAAGAUUGUCAUAGAAGGUGGUAUCCACGGCAGAGAAUGGAUAUCUCCGGCCUUCGUCACGUACCUUCUCAAUGAAGUGUUGAACUCCACAAAUUCUAAAGACGAGGUGUUCAAGGAAAUAGCCACAAACUACGAAUGGUAUUUUAUUCCAGUGCUGAACCCCGAUGGGUAUGAAUUCUCUCAUGUGAAGGAUCGAUUAUGGAGAAAAAAUCGAAGACCAUUCGGUACAACCGUUGUGCAAUAUGGAGUAGAUUUAAAUAGGAAUUUUGGCAUAGCCUUCGGAACUGGAUUCGGGAAUCACACUACUGACGAGUUCUACCCCGGCCCCGAAGAAUUCUCCGAAGCUGAAAGCUCUAGCAUACGGAAAUUGGUUGGAUCGCUCACAAAUAUUGCCUAUUACAUAGCGAUUCACUCUUACGGGAACUUUAUUAUUAUUCCAUACUCUCACGUUAAAGAGCAUCUGGAUAAUUACGAUGACGUGGCACUUUAUUGCGAUAUAAUGGUGAACAGUAUAGCUAAUAAAUACAAUUCACAUUAUCUCUAUGGAAAUUCCUUUGAAACCUUGGGUUCACUAAAUGGAGGUACGAGUACUUCAUAUUUCAAGAAAAAAAGAAAAAUACCAUUUACCCUGUCAUUGCAUCUUGGGGAACUAGAUUAUGGAUUUGCUCUCCCAGCAAAUUCAAUCAUUCGAACUAUGCAAGAAGGAUUUACCGGAGUCGUUUCUUUAAUGUCAGCAUCCGCUAAAAGCGUUAACAGACGAGUAAUAGAUAAUGAUGACGAUGAUGAUGAUGAAGAUACAUCCAGAAAUAGCACAGAUAUUCCUGACUCUGCUGCAAAAAGCUUGAAGAGUGACGAUGAUAAUGACUAUGAUAAUGAUGAGGAGAGAACGAACAAAAACCCGAACCUUUACGAAAUGAACAACAAGGAUGAUUCUGAGAUAUUGAGUAGUUCUACCAUAGAAACAGUUUCUAGCAAUGCAAUUAAUCUUACAAAGCAUAACACUCUACCUAAACAUGGUGGUGGUGAUAGUAAAUUUGAUGAAAUAAGCAAUAAUGAGGAACCAAUGGCUGAUGUUCCAUCUAAAGAGGUUUAUGAAUUAAAAAAUACUAAGCUACAUGAAGAUUUACCUUUUGAAAGGCCUUCCUUAGCUGCUGAUAGACCUGCAUUUAAAAAUCUUGCUUAUGAUACAAAAUUCUCACAACCGAGGAUGAUUACUCACGUAGCUCGACGCACCACGACACAUGACUAUGAUGACAAUGCAGCAGGGAAUAUUAGUGCCAUUCACAUAGCGAUGCUUACCAUCAUUUUCAUGAUCGUGACCACUUUAUAAUUUAGUUUUAGUUUUCGUGAUGAAUUUACCGUAUUUUCCGAUUUUUUUGUUUCUUGCCAUUUGAUUUAUUUAAAUAUACAACGUCCAACCAA